AGAGAGUCACGCUUCUCGCUGCGCGCCCUUCUCUUUCGCUGCAAUCAACAAAACGAAGGAAAAGAAAGAAAAAAAAGACCUUUUUUAAGUUUUUUCCUUUUCUUUUUUCCUUUUUCCUUUUUCUCCUCCUCUUGAUCUCUUUCCUCGGAAAAAAAAUGGCAAUAUAAAGGAUUUAUUAAAUUUCAUAUUGAGAUUGUGAAGGGCUUAAGGAAGAAGAAAUUUACGGAGGCUGCCCUCGCUUCACCUCUUCUGGCGUCUUUAAGCCGAAGGAGAGGGAAGCGAGAGGAGAUCAAUAUCUUCUAAUUUCUCUUUUUACAAGGGAACGUAAUCACUGAAGAGAUACAUGGCCUCACUUGGAGAUAGUUGUUUGGCAGCGCAGGAAUUAACAAUUCUAUCUGCAUUUGCAUCUUCUGCAUUUGCUAUACUGCGACUUCAGCCAGUUAAUGACAGAGUAUAUUUUCCCAAAUGGUACCUUAAAGGGAUAAGAAAUAGCCCAGGACGUUCCGGGAAUGUUGUAGCCAAGUUUGUUAACUUGAACUUCAGAACGUACUUAAAAUUUUUGAACUGGAUGCCAGCAGCAUUGGCAAUGCCAGAACCUGAGUUAGUUGAUCAUGCAGGCCUUGAUUCUGCCAUGUUUGUUCGCAUCUAUCUGCUCGGCUUAAAAAUAUUUGUGCCCCUAACUGUCCUUGCUUUUGUCGUCUUGGUGCCUGUUAAUUGGACUGAUGGAACUCUGGAGCAUAGUAAUGAUUUAACAUUUAGUGACAUUGACAAGCUUUCUAUAUCUAAUAUUGCAUCUGGAUCAAAAAGGUUUUGGGCUCACUUAGUAAUGGCAUAUGUCUUUACAUUUUGGACAUUCUAUGUGUUACAUAAAGAAUAUAAGAUUAUAGCAACUAGAAGGUUACAUUAUCUUGCAUCUGCAACCCGUCGUCCAGAUCAAUUUACAGUCCUUGUGAGAAAUGUUCCUCCAGAUCCAGAUGAAUCAGUUAGCGAGCAUGUUGAGCAUUUCUUUUCCGUAAACCAUCGUGAGCAUUACCUCACCCAUCAGAUUGUGUAUAAUGCAAAUGCACUUACGAAACUGGUCGAGAAAAGGAAAGGUUUACAGAACUGGCUUGUCUACUAUGAAAACAAAUUUACUAGAAAUCCUACAAAGAGGCCAACCACUAAGACAGGACUUUUUGGAAUCUUUGGAAAGAGAGUGGACGCAAUUGACUAUUACAAUGCUGAGAUUGAGAAGCUAAGGAAUGAAGAAGCUACUGAAAAGGAAAAGAUAACCACAGACCCUAAGGCAAUAGUUCCAGCGGCAUUCGUCUCAUUCAAAAGCCGAUGGGGUGCAGCUGUUUGUGCUCAAACUCAGCAAUCAAAUAAUCCAACUCUGUGGUUAACUGAAUGGGCUCCUGAACCUCGUGAUGUUUAUUGGCAAAAUCUUGCUAUCCCAUUUGUGGAUAUUACUGUUCGGAGGUUGCUUAUGGCUGUUGCAGUUUUCUUUCUGACCUUUUUCUUCAUGAUUCCGAUUGCUUUUGUUCAGUCUCUUGCUAAUCUUGAGGGUAUACAGAAGGUUGCACCAUUCUUAAAACCUAUAAUACAAAUGCCUGUCAUUAAGUCGUUCAUUCAAGGUUUUCUGCCAGGGAUCGCAUUGAAAAUCUUUCUUAUCCUUCUUCCAUCCAUACUCAUGACUAUGUCCAAGAUAGAGGGCUACACAUCGCUGUCAGCAUUGGACAGAAGAUCAGCAGCGAAGUACUACCUUUUCAUCUUUGUUAAUGUGUUUCUUGGGAGCAUAAUCACUGGAACAGCAUUUCAGCAACUCCGUAAAUUUAUCAAUCAAUCUGCUAACGAGAUUCCAAAAACAAUUGGUGUGUCCAUUCCCAUGAAAGCCACAUUUUUCAUCACUUACAUAAUGGUGGAUGGUUGGGCAGGUGUUGCUGCUGAGAUUCUUAGGUUAAAGCCCUUGGUUGUUUUCCAUUUAAAGAAUGCAUUUUUAGUUAAAACUGAGAAAGAUAGGGAAGAAGCUAUGGAUCCUGGGAGCUUGGAAUUUGCAACAUCUGAACCAAGAAUACAAUUGUAUUUCUUGCUUGGCUUUGUUUAUUCAGUGGUGACACCUAUCCUGCUGCCCUUCAUAGUUCUCUUCUUCAGUUUAUCUUACGUUGUUUUCCGACACCAGAUUAUAAAUGUCUACAACCAAAAAUAUGAGAGUGCGGCAGGAUUCUGGCCAGAUGUGCAAAGGCGUCUGAUUACUGCAAUGAUAGUAUCACAGCUUCUACUUAUGGGUUUAUUGAGUACAAAACGUGCAGCUCAGUCUACACCCUUUCUCCUUGCUCUCCCUGUAUUAACCAUAUGGUUUCAUAUAUACUGCAAGAAUCGUUUUGAAUCGGCAUUCAUAAAAUUCCCAUUACAGGAUGCAAUGGUGAAGGAUACAUUAGAACGGGCUACUGAGCCAAACUUAAAUUUGAGGAGCUAUCUUCAAGAUGCCUAUAUUCACCCAGUUUUCCAAAAGGAAGACAUUGACGCCCCAGUUCCCUUUGAUGAGGAAGAAGCUAACCCGCUAGUUCCCACAAAGAGAACUUCUCACAGAAAUACACCCGCAGGAAGCAAACAUGGUUCUGAAGUUGGUUCGGACAUUGAUUUCUAGUUAUGAAAUCGACAUUCUUGUCUGCCUUGAAAGGUUCAUUAUAGCUCGCCACAGAAGCUUCAUACAAGCAGCUUGAAGGUGCCAAAUUAAGAAGUAUGAAGAUCAAUAAUCAGAGAAAAUUAGAGUCACUUUGCGGUCUGUAUGUCGAUUUUAUACUUGGACAUCAUGAUUACUUUAUGUGAGCACUUCCCUCGCAAAUGCCUGCAGUCUCAAUACAGCCAUUCGAAGUGCUAACAUAUGUACUUUUUACAAAAAUGUGGGGGAAAAGAGGAGGAAAUCUGGAGUUUACAAAAGCAGAGAAAAUGUGUUGUCACGCUCAUAAAAAUUCUACUAGCGAGUCUUUGAGUUUUCUAUCAAAGCUACAAGUACGUUUAGAGAACUCUGAAUGCUUUUGAGCGCUCAGCUUUGAUAAUUGUUGAUUGAAUAACAAUAAAAGAUCAAUUUUAAGGUA